AUGUCUAUCAUUGUGUGUAAUUUUCAAGAUAAAAUAAUACAAAUGGCUACUUAUGUUGACCAAUCGCAGCAAUCAAAAAAUUUCCAAGGCAAGUUUUCGAAUGCACCGCUUGACAAUCCAGAAAUAUUAGUGGAUCAUGGGCCAGAAAAUGCUGUGCGUGAUGAAUUAGAAGACUCUAGGGCAAAAAUGGUUAUAAAAGCCCCUACAAAUCAGCCAUCUGCUCAAGUAGCGCAGCAGGCUCAAAUUGUAAGUGUACAAUAUCCUCCAACGAAUUAUCAAGCUUAUCAGCCAUACCCGCCAGCUUUUGACGCUGAUGGGAACCAAAAUCUGCAUGAUCCGCCGAUAAAUUAUCCAGUAGGUUCAGGACUUGUAUAUCAGCCUUAUAAAAAUGAUAUAGCUUAUUCAGGAGUUUCCCCUCUAGAUAACAGUCAAAUUAAAGACAAGAUUGAUGGAGCAGACUCAAGUGACCCAGAAGUCGACACAAGCAAAUGAAGCCUUUUUAAACGGCUUUCUGAGCGUGCUGGAAUGAAAACAAUGAGCAAUGACAGAAAAUCAUUUAUCAGAAAAGUAUAUGCACUUCUCUGCUGCCAGCUGGUAUUCACUGCAAUUUUCGUAGGAAUUGUGUGUGCAGCUCCUCCUCUUCGAGAAGGGAUAAAGCAUACCACUGCAGUUGUAAUAUUAUGUAUGGUCCUAACAAUAGCGAUCAUGAUUGGUGUGUCAUGCAACAAAAAAUGGUCCAAAAGGUACCCUUACAAUUAUUAUGCAUUAGCUUUAUUCACCGUUUUUGAGUCGUAUAUAGUAGCAUUCGCUUGCUCUUAUUAUGACCAAUUAGUGGUAUUAGCUGCUGCAGUCAGCACCCUUGUGAUUACAGUUUCACUGACUAUAUAUGCAUGGAAGACUAAAAAGGACUUUACGACUGUUGGAGGGAUGAUGGUGAUCACCAUUAUGUCGCUGGCUAUGUUUGGAUUUUUCAUGAUUUUCUUAUACGAUAGAGUUCUUUAUACAAUUUUUUGCUUUAUCGCUGUCCUUUUGUAUGGGUUUUUCAUCGUCUAUGAUGCCCAACUAAUUGCUGGAGGGAGAUAUCAAGAAUUAAGCUAUGAUGAUUAUGCUAUUGCAGCCCUGCUAAUGUAUAUUGAUAUAGUGGGGCUGUUUCUAUAUAUGCUUGCCUUAUUGAGCAAUAAGAACAAUUAA